UUCGCCUCAACCCGCGCGGCGCCUAUGGGGGCCUGAGAGGAAGAAGCGGCGGCAUGGAGAACCCGGGAGCCGGCGGCGGCGAGGAAGAGCCGGGGAGGAUGAACCCCAAGCGGGGCGGCAGCGGGCGCGCCCCUGAGGAAGAGAGCAAGAACAAGCCCAAGCUGAACCUUCAGAUAAAAACCUUGGCAGAUGAUGUGCGUGAUAGAAUAACCAGUUUUAGGAAAUCGGGUGUCAAAAAGGAGAAACUUCUCAUUCAGCAUCCCAUUGACACACCAGCCUCCAUCAACGAAUUGCCAGCGGCUCAGCCGUUGUUCGAUGAGCGUUGCAUGAAUUUAUCGGAGAAAGAAGUUAUGGACCUAUUUGAAAAGAUGAUGGAAGACAUGAACCUGAAUGAGGAACGGAAAGCUCCUUUACGAAAUAAGGACUUGACCACAAAACGUGAGAUGGUUGUCCAGUACAUUUCUGCAACUGCCAAAUCUAUUGUUGGAAGUAAAGUUCAGGGAGGACUGAAAAACAGUAAACAUGAGUGCACUCUAUCAUCCCAAGAAUACGUCCAUGAAUUACGGUCAGGUAUCUCAGAGGAAAAACUACUCAACUGCUUAGAGUCUUUGAGAGUGUCUCUAACAAGCAAUCCAGUCAGUUGGGUUAAUAAUUUUGGGCAUGAAGGGCUUGGACUUCUAUUGGAUAUUCUUGAGAAGCUUCUGGACAAGAGACAGCAAGAAACUAUUGACAAGAAGAAUCAGUAUAAACUUAUACAGUGCCUCAAAGCAUUUAUGAAUAAUAAGUAUGGACUCCAAAGAAUUCUAGGAGACGAAAGGAGCCUUUUGUUAUUAGCCCGAGCAAUUGAUCCAAAGCAACCAAACACAAUGACUGAAGCUGUAAAAAUACUUUCUGCCAUUUGUAUCAUUGGAGAGGAAAAUAUCCUGGAUAAAAUUUUAGGAGCUAUAACAAUUGCAGCAGAGAGAAACAAUGGAGAGCGUUUCUCUAACAUCGUUGAGGGGCUUGAAAAUCAUGAAGCUCUGCAGUUACAGGCAGCCUGCAUGCAGUUCAUAAAUGCCCUUGUCACUUCUCCUGAAGAUCUUGAUUUUAGGAUACACUUGAGAAAUGAAUUCUUGCGCUGUGGGCUAAAGAAAAUAUUGCCAGAUCUAAAAGAAAAGGAGAAUGAAGAGCUUGAUAUUCAGUUGAAAGUGUUUGAUGAAAACAAAGAAGAAGACUUAAUCGAACUGGCUCAUCGCCUCAAUGAUAUCAGAGUCGAAAUGGAUGACGUGAAUGAGGUCUACCACCUAUUAUAUAACAUGUUGAAAGACACCGCAUCAGAAAAUUAUUUCUUAUCCAUUUUGCAACACUUUCUACUGAUCAGGAAUGAUUAUUAUGUCCGCCCACAGUAUUACAAGAUAAUAGAAGAAUGUGUUUCGCAGAUAGUGUUGCACUGUAGUGGUAUGGAUCCUGAUUUCAAGUGCAGAGGAAGGUUGGAUGUGGACUUCACUCACCUUGUAGACAGCUGUGUAGACAAAGCAAAAGUAGAGGAAAGUGAUCAAAAAGCAGCUGAAUUUUCCAAAAAGUUUGAUGAAGAGUUUACAGCUCGACAGGAGGCACAAGCUGAGCUCCAAAAACGAGAAGAGAGAAUUAAAGAGCUUGAAACUGAAAUUCAGCAGCUACGAAGCCAGGCUCCUGUAUCUUCUAGUGGGCUUGCCCCAGCAGGGGUACCACCUCCUCCGCCUCCUCCGCCUCCUCUACCAGGUGGUGCCCUCCCAGUUCCACCUCCUCCACCUCCUCCACCUCCUUUGCCUGGAGCACCUCCUCCUCCACCACCACCACCUAUGUUUGGAGGUCCACCACCUCCUCCUCCUUUGGGCGGCAUUCUCCCUCCACCAGUAGCCGCACCGGCAUUGCCUUUUGGAAUGAAGCAGAAGAAAAAAUACAGCCCUGAAGUGUCUAUGAAGAGGAUUAACUGGGCAAAGAUUGAGCCCUCGGAUAUAUCAGAAAACUGCUUUUGGCUGAAGGCUAAAGAAGGAAAAUUUGAAAAUCCGGAUCUGUUUGUGAAACUGGCGCUCACUUUUGCCACACAGAUGAAGGUUAAAAAGGCAGUAGAGGAUACAGAAGAAAAGAAAAUAGCUUUGCCGAAGAAGAGAGUGAAGGAGUUAAGGAUAUUGGAUGGGAAGACGGCACAGAAUUUGUCCAUUUUCCUGGGAUCUUUCCGCAUGCCUUAUGAGGAAAUAAAAAAUAUCAUAUUAGAAGUAGAUGAAGAAAAACUGAGUGAAGCAUUGAUUCAGAAUCUGGUUAAGAACCUCCCAGAACAGAAGGAGCUCAGUGCCUUAGCCGAGCUGAAGAAUGAAUAUGACGAUCUUUGUGAGCCAGAACAAUUUGGAGUUGUGAUGAGCUCGGUGAAAAUGUUACGGCCUCGCCUCAAUGGCAUACUUUUCAAGCUUACGUUUGAAGAGCACAUAAACAAUAUCAAGCCUGGCAUCAUGGCGGUAACAAUAGCAUGUGAGGAGGUGAAGAAGAGUGAGAGCUUUAGCAAGCUGUUGGAACUCGUGCUGCUGAUCGGAAACUACAUGAAUUCGGGCUCGAGAAAUGCCCAAUCACUGGGCUUUAACGUUAGCUUUCUUUGCAAGAUUAGAGAUACUAAAUCAUCAGAUCAAAAAACAACACUGUUGCAUUUUCUUGCUGACAUUUGCGAAGAGAAGUAUCGGGAUAUCUUAAAAUUCCCAGAUGAACUGGAACAUGUGGAGAGUGCAAGCAAAGUUUCAGCUCAAAGUAUUAAAAGCAACCUUGAUUCCAUGGAACAUCAGAUACAGCGUUUGGAAAAUGAUACCAAGAAGUUCCCUAAAACACAAGAUCCACAUGAUAAAUUUGUUGAGAAGAUGUACAGCUUUGCGAAGAGUGCCAGAGAACAAUAUGAAAAAUUAUCUAACAUGCACAACAACAUGAUUAAGUUAUAUGACAGUUUGGGAGAUUACUUCUGUUUCGAUUCCAAGGCUGUGUGCAUUGAGGACUUUUUCGUAGAUCUGAGCACAUUCAGAACACUGUUCUUGGAGGCACUGAGGGAAAACAACAAGAGAAGAGAGAUGGAGGAGAAGAUUAAGAGAGCCAAACUGGCUAAAGAAAAAGCAGAACGCGAGAGGCUGGAGCGGCAGCAGAAGAAGAAACAAUUGAUUGACAUGAAUAAAGAGGGCGACGAGACAGGAGUGAUGGAUAAUCUUCUUGAGGCACUGCAAUCUGGGGCAGCAUUCAGGGAUCGCAGGAAACGAACACCAAGAACUCAGGAUAACAGACGCGUAACAUUGGAAAGGUCACGUUCCCGCCACAAUGGAUCUAUCACAGCAGUAUGAAUCCCCUAAUGCCAAAGAACUGAAGAGGUGUUUUAUUUACUUUAAAUGGAGACAUUAUGAAAGAGCUUAAAUGUGUGAAGAGCAACAAUGUCCACAAAUAAAAGUUAAAUGAAUUCCAGGGAACGACGACGAGGAGAAUAAAUAUGUAUUUUACAAAAGUUAUUACCUUAAAAAUAUACUUAUUGUACUUACUACGGCAAUUCUCAAGAACUGCAAGCAGUGUU